CUUCUCGCGUGCUAUUUUCAAGAUAUUUGAUGGAGACAAAUGGGAACAUCAGAACGCUCACCAUCAACAAGACCACCCUGGCUGACGACGCCGCGUACGAGUGUGUGGUCGGCGAAGACAAGUGUUUCACUGAGGUUUUUGUUAAAGAGCCUCCCGUGACCAUCACCAAGCUUAUGGAUGACUACCACGUGGUGGUAGGGGAGAGAGUGGAGUUUGAGGUCGAGGUGUCCGAGGAGGGCGGCCAUGUAAUGUGGUCAGUAUGACUCCCGUCUCAGUCA